GAAACGUUUUCCAUUUCCACUACUACCAACUGCAUCUCGUCUAUUGGCAGAGCAGCAAGUUUAUUUGGUUUAUUUUAGAAAUCGCUGUGAAUCUGUGUGGAGUGUGGAACACUCGACCAACUCGCACGAGUCGCACACAAAUCACGUUCGCAUUUAAAGCAUCUUCCGAUUACGGUGUGACAUAACCUGACCGACGUGCCACUGCCUGUUUUAUGGCGAUUUGAGUCGAAAAGGUUUGACCUACGACUUGCGCCUCAAUCAUGCCAUUAAUAAGAUAUUUGUGGGAAAAUUGGAGGUACAGCAAUGCCCCGGAGGGCCAACAGCCAUUUGAAAAAGUGUUUGGGCUGACCAAAUUUGGGUUCGCUGGUGGUCUCGGAGUGGCCUUUUACGAUUCCGUACUUAUAUCUCAACCAGCGGGCUUCUGGAAUACAGUAAAUUGCUUUGCAUUCUGGGUCGUGCCUAUCAGUGCCAUGUGCGCCACCUUCGCCUCCGUGGCGUACACGACGACGAAACUCAGGGGGAAAGACGGCUAUCUCAGUUACAUUCUAGCCUCGUUGGCCACAGGUGGAGUUUUCCAUCGUUGGCAAAAACGUGGUCCACUCACUUAUCACUUUACAGUCAUAUUGCUUGGGUUAUCCUCGAUCAAGAAGUACGGCGAUUUGAACAAUUGGAAUCCUCUUCCGCUUUAUGGACCGGAUGCGGAAAUACGACAGCAAUACACCACUUACCCUGACUUUACCCUCAUUAAGGAUCCUAGAGGACCUAGGCCCUGGGAAUAAUAUUUUCAUGUACAGAAAGAAAAUGAUUAGUACUGUUGAUAUGCAAGUUAAAUGGGAAAUGUCUUCUUGUAUAAUUAAUGAUACAAAGAGAUAGGAAAUGCGUAACCUUCGCUUUUGUCAUGUAUUUAUUCAGGUUCUAGUACAAGAAAUAAAAAGGAUUAUAAAAAGA